GCUUUUCAGUCGCAAACCUUACCGUGUCAGGGUCAGGAGCGAUCGAGCCAGGCUCUCUGGAGAUGCGGAAUUUCAGAGGAAUCGGAGAGUUUAGGCCGUUAGAGAAACACAGAGAGGCAGCAGAAGCAGGGAGCUGACGGCUGGUUGUCCCUGCGCCGUCCGCUCGCUGCCUUGAAGUUGCUCAGUGCCGCCCCCAGUAGCAUCAUUGCUGACCCAGUUCAGACUGUCCUAGAGAAAGAUUCAACGCAGAGUUCUCAACAUGAGCGACAGUGCAGCCGCCGAAACGGCUCCUCCAGCCGCCGCUCCCACCAAAGCCAAGGUUCCCAAGAAGAAGGCGGCGGCUCCCAGGAAGAAAACACCCGGUCCCGGGUUGGGAGAGCUGAUUCUGAAGGGUGUCGGGGAUAUCAAGGAUCGCAGAGGGGCGUCUCUGUCCGCUAUAAAGAAGGCGCUGGAGAGAAGCGGGAUCGAUGUGGGAAAGCGAAACGCACAGAUCAAGAUGAGUAUCAGGAGGUGCCUGGCGAACGGCUCCCUUGUUCUGGUCAAGGGCCAGGGCGUCUCUGGCUCCUUCAAACUCCCUAAGAAUCCAGUCAAGGCAAAAGCGGGAAAGAAGGCGGGAACAUCAGCAGCCGCCAAGAAACCGGCCGUGAAGAAAUCACCGGCCAAGAAGGCGACAGCAAAGAAAUCCCAGGCCAAGAAAGCGACAGCUAAGAAAUCCCCAGCCAAGAGAGCGACAACCAAGAAAUCCCCAGCCAAGAAAGCGAGCGGCAAGAAGGCGGCACCGCCAAAGAAAGCGGUGAGCAAAGCAGCGCCAAAGAAACGGACUCCCGUGAAGAAGGCAAAUGAUUGAUGGACCAAGACAAUGUAAUAUUCCCUCAGUACAAAGCCAAGUGUGACCAUCUGCUUCUACCAACCAGCAGACAAUUACUUGAAGGACCAAGACAGUGUAAUACGUCCUCGAUACAAAUCCAAGUGUGAUCAGUUCCUUCUAACAAACAGCAGGGCAAUUUACCAUGGAUAAUCCAGCUAACCUGCUUGUUUGGACUGUGGAAGGAUACUGGAAUACCCAGAGGAAACUGUUAUGAAGACGUGAGUAUAACUACCUUUAAGCCAGUUGAACUUCUGAAUAGCACCAAGUGUUCUGAAAAAAAAAGUAACAUUUGGUCAAACAACUCAAGUAGCUGCUUGCCUGGAGACAAAA